AUGUCGGCCAGCUCUGCUUUCAACGAUGAGAAGGGAGGCUCGUCCAGCGUCGGGGAGCCUGAAUAUGGUCACGAUCCGGCGAGCGGAGGGAUUUUCUCCUCCGACUACAAAAGACACGACGACUUGAAAGAGAUGCUGGACAGCAACAAAGACUCCCUGAAGCUGGAGGCAAUGAAGCGCAUUGUGGCUAUGAUCGCCCGAGGUAAAAAUGCAUCAGAUCUCUUCCCUGCUGUGGUGAAAAAUGUGGCCUGUAAAAACAUAGAGGUGAAGAAGCUGGUCUAUGUUUACUUGGUGCGUUAUGCCGAGGAGCAGCAGGAUCUCGCUCUGCUCUCCAUUUCCACGUUCCAGAGAGGCUUGAAGGAUCCGAACCAGCUGAUCAGAGCCAGCGCCCUGCGAGUCCUCUCCAGCAUACGAGUUACAAUCAUCGUGCCCAUAAUGAUGCUUGCCAUCAAAGAAGCUGCUUCAGAUAUGUCUCCGUAUGUCAGGAAAACAGCUGCUCAUGCAAUCCCUAAACUGUACAGUUUGGAUCCUGAACAAAAAGACCAGCUGAUUGAAGUCAUAGAGAAACUCCUUGCUGACAAAACCACGUUGGUGGCAGGGAGUGUCGUUAUGGCCUUUGAGGAGGUGUGUCCAGAGCGUAUCGACCUGAUCCACAAGAACUACAGGAAGCUGUGUAAUCUCCUCAUCGAUGUGGAGGAGUGGGGUCAGGUCGUCAUCAUUAACAUGUUGACCCGCUAUGCCAGAACCCAGUUCCUCAACCCAAACAUCAAUGAAUCCCUGCUGGAGGAGGGAGGUGGCGGGGAUAAGACCUUCUACGGCUCAGAUGAAGAUGAGGAUGAAGACGACGAGGAGAAGGAGAAGAAAGCCGAGGCUGCUGCCUUGGCCAAGAGGAAGCCGUAUGUGAUGGAUCCAGACCACCGGCUGCUGCUGAGGAACACUAAGCCGCUCCUGCAGAGCCGCAACGCAGCUGUGGUGAUGGCUGUGGCUCAGCUGUAUUUUCACCUUGCUCCUAAAGCAGAGGUUGGUGUGAUCGCUAAGGCCCUGGUACGUCUCCUGAGAAGCCACAGUGAAGUCCAGUAUGUCGUCCUUCAGAACGUGGCAACAAUGACGAUUAAGAGAAGGGGCAUGUUUGAACCAUACCUGAAAAGUUUCUACAUCCGCUCCACAGACCCAACUCAGAUCAAAGUCCUAAAGCUCGAGGUUCUUACUAAUCUCGCCAAUGAGACAAACAUUUCUACCAUACUCAGAGAAUUUCAGACAUACAUUAAAAGCAUGGAUAAAGAUUUCGUGGCUGCAACAAUCCAAGCCAUCGGCCGCUGUGCUACCAACAUCGGGGAGGUGAGGGACACAUGUCUGAACGGUCUGGUGCAGCUGCUGUCCAACCGAGAUGAGCUGGUUGUCGCCGAGUCAGUGGUUGUUAUCAAGAAGCUGCUGCAGAUGCAACCAGAGAAGCACAGCGACAUCAUUAAGCACAUGGCCAAACUAACAGACAACAUCCAGGUGCCGAUGGCGCGGGCCAGUAUCCUGUGGCUGAUUGGAGAAUAUUGUGAACAUGUACCUAAGAUUGCUCCGGACGUUCUGAGGAAGAUGGCCAAGUCAUUCACUAAUGAGGAGGACAUUGUCAAGCUUCAAAUCAUCAAUUUGGCUGCCAAGCUGUAUCUUACCAACUCCAAACAGACUAAACUGCUGACGCAGUAUGUCCUCAACUUGGCCAAAUACGAUCAGAACUAUGACAUCCGGGACCGGGCGCGCUUCAUCCGCCAGCUCAUCGUGCCCACUGAGAAGAGUGGAGCGCUCAGCAAGUACGCUAAGAAACUGUUCCUCGCCCUUAAACCUGCACCUGUCCUCGAGUCUCCAUUUAAAGAUCGAGACCACUUCCAGUUGGGUUCAUUGUCCCACCUGCUGAAUGCCAAGGCUGGGGGCUACCAGGAGUUGCCUGACUGGCCUGAAGCCGCCCCUGACCCCUCCGUGCGCAACGUGGAGGUGCCUGAAUGGACCAAAUGCAGCAGCCGUGAGAAGAGGAAGGAGAAGAAGGUGGAGAAGCCGUUCUACUCUGACUCUGAGGGCGAGUCUGGGCCUACAGAGUCCGCUGACAGUGAGUCGGACUCGGCCAGCGGCUCGGAAAGCCGCAGCGGCAGCGAGGUGAGCGGGUCGGGGUCAGAGAGCGAAGAGAGCGAGGAAGGCUCUGAGUCUGAGGAAGAGGAGGAGGAGGAGGAGGAGAAGGACAAGAAGAAGAAAAAGAAAGAAUUAAAGAAGCCAGUGCAUGAAAGUGAAAGUGAGCAGAGCAGUGAAGAGGAAGAUAGGAAGAUAGCGAGGAAGAGUAAACAACGUACGAGCGAGUCAGAGUCUGAAUCUGACGAGGAUGAGGAGAGCGAGUCUGAGAGCAGCCAAUCAGAGUCUGAAGAGUCCGAGUCUGAGGCAGAGGUCAAAAAGAAGAAAAAGACAGUUGAAUCGAAACCUCCCUCCAAACCUGUCAAGAAAGAGACCAAGAAAGAGAAGACAGAAAUGUCUCUGCUAGACCUCGACGAUUUCGAACCUGCUCCCUCACCUCAAGUCACACCUGUCAACACCUUCCUGUCCAACAGCCUUGUGACCGACCUCGAGGGACUGUCUUUGUCUGACUCUGUUCUCUCACCGGCAACCAUUGCUCCCUCCAGUGCACUAAAGAACUACGAGCUGCUGCACCGGAUCACGGGGGAGGGUCUGUCGGUGGAGUACUGCUUCAGCCGGCAGCCUUUUAGCCCUGACGCCAACAUGGUGGCGGUGCAGAUGCAGUUCACCAACAACGCCACCUCCGACACCAAGAACCUGCACAUGGAGGACGUGAAGCUCCAGUCUGGGAUGAGGGUGAAGGAGUUCCCAGAGAUUGAGCUGCUGUCAGCGGGUGAGAUGGCCACGGCUGUGAUGGGCAUUGAUUUCUGCGACUCAACACAAGCAGCGAACUUCCAGCUGUGCACUCACACCAGGAAAUUCUUUGUGUCGAUCCAGCCGCCGGUUGGGGAGCUGAUGAGGCCCAUCUUCCUUACAGAGAACGAAUUUAAAAAGGAGCAAGGUCAGCUGAUGGGCAUGAAUGAGAUCACAGAGAAGCUCACUCUGGACGCCAAGUGUCGGAACGAACACGCCAUCGUCCAGAGAGUGACCACCGCCGCCAACCUCAGCAGAGUCCCCUGUGGGUCGGACAAGGAGUGCAGGUUCGCCGGCAGGACGGUGACCAGCAGCAGCUUGGUGCUGGUCACCGUGGCGACCAAAGAGGAGGGAGCCGCCCAGCUGACGGUCAACUGUGAGAAAAUGGUGAUCGGCACCAUGCUGGUGAAGGACAUCCUGCUGGCUCUAACGCAGUGAUGUGAGCCUUGAACUGCGCCCCCUCACUCCAGCCACCUCUCACAUGUCGUCAAGACUCGUCAGUGUAGCGUUUCCUGCGUUCUCCUGCAAGCCGUGUCUGUGAGGAAGUUUCCAGAAUGUUUUUUUUUUGUUGUUGUUGUUUUGUUAAAGAGCCCUAAACUUUUAGAAACGACUCCUAGAAACACCGAAUGCCACAGCUGUUCCUGACGACAAUCAGAUACGACUGAAGAUUUUUGCAUCACUAUUCAAAAAUGAUUUUCACUUUUACCUUUGUUGAAGAGCUGAUUGGAUUUAUUGGAUUCAGACUUUCAGAGGAAGAUUUUAAAUAAAUUAGAGAUGUGCGCAACCUUCAAGUGUUUAAGUAAAAUAACCAUUCAAAUAGAUCGGAGAGUGAAAUAAUCACAAUAAUAAUGUCAAAAUUUGCUCCCUGGAUAAACCUUACAGAAGCUAAAAGAUCCACUUUGGCCUUGAGAACAGCAGUUUGACAAAAAAAAAAAAAAAAGAUUUUAUGAAGCUUUCAACUAUGGAUUGUGAUUUUCAUAAGUGGAUGCAGUUGCUCAGUUGUGAUGGAUUGAGGUUGAAUGAACACCUUCUGUGAAAAUAAGACCAAAAUCAGACACAGCAUCAAUUGAAAGAAGGACAGUCAUUAUUGACGUCCACAUCUGUGGCGUCAGAUUUUUCUUACUUAUUUAUAGAAAAUUGCCGAACAACCAAAUAAAUAUGGACACCUCUCACCAACCAAAUACUGUCAUUCAGUGCAGUUAAAACCGAAGUUACUGGCUGUAAUCAUAAUGACAAAUUUACCAACUACACUGUGUCUAUGACAAAUGAGCAACUUCAUCUGCGGAAGAAAAACAAAGAGUUUCAGAACACAAAAAACAUUUUAGUGAAGGAGGCCUUUUUGUGGUGUUCACAUGAGGAUACAAAGACAAAGCAAUAAACUGCUGCUGAAACAUUGCAGCAAUGUCCAAUUCUGAGAAAGUACAUUUAAAAAAAAAAUAAACAAAAAAGGAUCAAAGUUGAAUUCAUAUUUUCUUAAUUAAUGUUGUUUGGGGGGAAUAUUUAGAAAUAAGAUGCCCAAAAAUCUGUCACACCAGUUUUAAGUUGUAGCUUGUUAGUGAUCUGCUUCAGACUAUUUUAAGAUGUAGAUACUAUAGGUAAUAUAAAAUAGGUAAGAGAUUAUAUAACCCCUCCCAAAAAAAACAAAAAAAACAACAAGUCACAACAAGAAACCGAGACUGUAAGAUCAGCUUAAACAC